AUGAGUUUGGCUGCACAGUUUCUCACAGCACUUGAGGCAAAUGACCCCGACAUUUUGAAGAGUUUAAUCGCGAGAGCCCCCAAGAUGUGCCCCAUGGCUUGCAACCUGGUCAAGUUGCUAGGUGAGGAGAUGUGCGGGAAGGUGGUGAUUCUGGGAGAUGACUGGAAGUAGGAGCUGCCAAAGUUCAUCAGCCCUCACCAGCUGUACGUGGAGUUUGGGGGGACCAUGACCGACCCUGACGGCAACCCCAAGUGGCUGACCAAGAUCAACUACAGGGGCGAGGUGCCCAGGAGCUACUACCUGCGCAACCAGGUGGGACGCACACAGUACGAGAACACGGCGACUGUGGGCUGCGACUCCUACCUGCACGUGGAGACCCAGAUCCUGUUCCUGGGCUGCAUGCUCAGGGAGGUGGUCGUCAGUGGGGCUCGGUCCCCUGCAAGUGGCAGUUCCCCGAAAACCAGGCAGGGAGAGCAGCAGCUAGCGGGGGAGAUGACGGAGGUGCUGCCAGCUGGUGCCCACAUGGUGCCCAAGGACAGAGGGCUCACCUGCCUCAAGGCUGGUGUCCACGUUCUGAUGUUCAACCACACCUACAACCUGGUUCAUUCCAAACGCAUCAGCCACACUAUGGAGGUGCUGCUCCCAGAUCAAAACUUCGUGGAGAAGAUGGAGACACUUGAGGCGAGCCUUGUGGCUCCCACACCAUCCUCUGAUCUCUGGGUCCACAAUGGCACCAAGGAGAUGACGGAGGUAGCUGGAGAAAUGCCACAUGAGCUGUAG